CCCGUUCAGGAUGUAAAUGACGCGGCGGGAUUUUUCCCCAGGCUUACGCACGACUCCUACUUGGCUAUGGCUAUAUAAAGGGGAGAGAAAGCCGGAGACACUUGAAGGAACAGCUUGCAAAGUUUUCUUUGACUGCACUGAGGAUACAAGUACAAACAUUCCUAUUCCACAAUGUCUAUAAAAUUGUCUUACUUCGACUUGAGAGGAAGGGCUGAAACAAGUAGACUUGUCCUGCACGCAGCUAAGAAACCUUUUGUAGACAACAGAAUCCCGUUCUCUGAGUGGAGCAAAGUGAAGCCAACCACACCAUUCGGGAGUGUACCAGUAUUAGAAGUCAAUGGUAAACAAUUUGCCCAAGGCAUCGCUUUAUCUACCUAUCUGGCAAGAGAGAAUGGCUUGUAUGGAUCCUCCAACCUUGACGCCCUAGCAAUAGACCAGAUCCAUUUGCUGAGGGAAGACAUCAUUAUUGAAGAAAUCAAUAUUUUCAAAGAGAAAGAUGCGGCAAAAAAAGCUGAGAUGAUCAAGAACAUGAACGAGGCAGUGUACCCUAAGUACUUGGGCUCUCUGAGCAGACUUAUUGCUGAGAACAAGGCAGAGAACAAAUCAAAGUUUGCAGUUGGAACAAAAUUCAGUUUGGCUGACAUUGUCAUCUUUGAGAGUACAACAAGUUUGUCCCAGACCAACCCUGACCUACUUAACAAAUACCCUGAAGUGAAAGCCAUACGGGAAAUAGUGGCCCAGAUUGAUGGAAUUAAACAGUACCUGGAGACCAGGAAGAAGACAGAUCUGUAAAUAGUUUAACUCAUUAAAAUUUAGUUAUUUUCUUGUAUCAUAUCAUUAGAGCAUGAUAUUGUAAUAUACUCAUUAAUCACACUGCAAUGUCAUUGGAAUAUUUGUACUGAGUGUAGAUUGAUCCAAUUUCUAUUGAAAUAAAAAAUGUUAUAAUUUAA